GAAAAUAAAAGGUGGGCGGGAAGAACCAGCCAUCCACCGAUUUUUCCAUUCCGUUCACUUUUUCUAAUAUACCAAACAAGGGAAACUCUUUCUAUCAUCUCCAUUUUUCAUCCUAUUUUUUCAUCCAUCGUACCAAACAAGGGAAAGACUACUGCGACGACACAGUAACAACUCUCUCUCUCCCCUACGUAGGGCCUACGCACACGGCACACCACUCUCUGGUUCGACGUAUUGCGUAGCAUUGUGUUUGUUGCGAUCACUGCCAGAAAAUGGAAAGUAAUACCGGCUCCGGCAAUCGACCGAAGAUCAUGGUGACGAAUGACGAUGGAAUCGAUGCACCAGGUUUGCGAGCUCUGGUUGCCGUCCUCGUAUCCACCAAUAAGUACCAAGUGGUCGUCUGCGCCCCUGAUUCGGAAAAGUCAGCUGUCAGUCACGGUAUUACUUGGCGUAAUCCUCUUUCCGUCAAGCGAGUAGAAAUCAGUGGAGCAACAGCCUUUGCAAUUUCUGGAACUCCAGCAGACUGCACUUCUCUGGGUACCUCCAAAGCACUUUUCCCUUUGGUUCCUGAUCUGCUGGAAGAGCCCGUUCCAAAUGUCAUGUUUCCCUGCACGUAUCAAAGCAAUGCUACGAUGUUCCUCGUUAAAUCAAAUGUCAUUUACUCAGGGACAGUAGCAGGUGCUCGAGAGGCAUUUUUCAAUGGUGUACCUGCUGUCUCAAUGUCAUAUGAUUGGAUUGGAGGUAGGAGCAAUAUUAAUGACUUCACACUGGCUGCUGAGGCCUGCUUGCCUAUCAUAAGUGCAAUAUUGGCUGAGAUCAAGAACAAAAGUUAUCCUCUGGGUUGUUUUCUGAAUAUAGAUCUGCCAACGAAUGUACCGAAUCACAAGGGAUAUAAGUUGACUAGACAGGGCAAGAGUAUUGUCAGAAUGGGGUGGACGCAAGUUACUUCUGGUGCACAAGGAGGAAAAAUGUUGUCAACAAUGACGAUGGAGAUGAAUUCAUCGGCAUGUACAGAUUCAGAUGCUUUAAGUAUACCACAAGAACAUCUUUUAUUCAAGAGAGAAGUAAGGGGUGGCCAAGUUGAAGAUGGUGAUACAGACUACUCUUCCCUUCGAGAAGGAUAUAUAACUGUUACGCCACUUGGGGCCUUAUCUCCUGCAGAGAUUGACUGCCAAGCAUACUUUAAAGAAUGGCUACCUGGCGUGGCUGAACGCCCUUCUUCCUCUGCCUUGUGA